UGCGGCCGCCGCGGGGCGGGGCGGGAGUCGCCGGCGGGCAGCGAGCGCGGAAAUGCGGCAGCGGCGGCCGGAGCGGCGGAGGUAGCCCGCGGGUGGCGGCAGCUCAUGUGCGAGCCGCGCUCGGGGCGGUAUAGCGUCCUCCCCUCCGUGCCCGCCCCCGGCGCCGGGAGCCUGUUCCCGGCGGCCGCGCCUCCACCCCGGGUUAUCUCCGCACCUGGGCCGCGCCCGCAGCCUCCGUCGCCGCCGCCGGGAGGAUGGCGGCACAGCCGGCGGCGGAGGCGUGUGCCUGCGCCGCGGCACCGGGAGAUGACGGCGAAGAGAUGAACGGCAGGAAGGUGGCUCUCAUCACCGGCAUCACCGGGCAGGAUGGAUCGUACUUGGCUGAGUUCCUGCUGGAAAAAGGCUACGAGGUGCAUGGCAUCGUUCGUCGGUCUAGUUCUUUUAAUACAGGCCGGAUUGAACAUCUCUAUAAGAACCCACAGGCUCACAUUGAAGGAAACAUGAAGCUGCACUAUGGUGAUCUCACGGACAGCACCUGCCUGGUGAAGAUCAUUAAUGAAGUCAAACCCACUGAGAUAUACAACCUGGGAGCUCAGAGCCAUGUCAAGAUUUCUUUCGACCUAGCAGAAUAUACUGCUGACGUUGAUGGGGUUGGCACUUUACGGCUCCUAGAUGCUAUUAAGACCUGUGGCCUUAUCAACUCUGUGAAGUUCUACCAAGCCUCCACCAGUGAACUUUUUGGAAAAGUGCAAGAAAUCCCGCAAAAGGAGACCACCCCUUUUUACCCAAGAUCGCCUUAUGGGGCAGCAAAACUGUAUGCCUACUGGAUUGUGGUGAACUUCAGAGAGGCCUACAAUCUCUUUGCUGUGAAUGGCAUCCUCUUCAAUCACGAAAGCCCCAGGAGAGGGGCUAACUUUGUUACUCGAAAAAUUAGCCGAUCAGUAGCAAAGAUUCACCUCGGACAGCUGGAUUGUUUCAGCCUGGGCAAUCUGGAUGCUAAGAGAGACUGGGGCCAUGCCAGGGACUAUGUUGAGGCCAUGUGGCUGAUGUUGCAAACGGAUGAGCCCGAGGACUUUGUCAUAGCCACUGGGGAGGUCCAUAGCGUCCGUGAAUUUGUGGAGAAGUCAUUUAAGCACAUCGGGAAAACCAUUGUGUGGGAAGGGAAGAAUGAAAAUGAAGUAGGACGAUGUAAAGAGACUGGCAAGAUUCAUGUGACAGUCAAUCACAAGUACUACAGGCCAACUGAAGUGGAUUUUCUGCAAGGGGACUGUACCAAAGCCAGACAAAAGCUGAACUGGAAGCCGAGAGUCACGUUUGAUGAGCUGGUGAGGGAGAUGGUGGAUGCCGACGUGGAGCUCAUGAAGAACAACCCCAACGCCUGAGCCCCGGCUGGGCCCGGCGGACGGCGCGGGACCCGUGCCGGGGGUGCACCCCAUGGCCAGCACUGCCAUGAGCUGCUGGGGCCGGGGUGGGUGGCCACCCCUCCCCGUGAUGGUUUUAUUGCUGGCCUGCCUGCGCGUUAAAGCCUGGGUUUAUUCCCCCCUCCACCCUCCACACCCUCCCGGUGCCUCUCGCCCCACACAUCAUCCCAGGGUCAGCCCUGCCUGGGCUAACUCUGGCUCCUGCCAUUAACUGGGGAUGGGUCACCUCCCCCCCCCCCCCCAUACUGUACCUGAAGUACUGAUCGGCCAGCAAGCCCACUGAUUUGGGUUUUUUAAUUAAAACUCAUCUUUCUAUUACCUAGGACCUCCAGCGCAUUUUUAGCACUUUCUCCCAUUUGAAAAACAAAAGCGUCCCCUGUCCCCCACCUCCCCUCUCCUCCAGCAACAACAGCAGCAAACCUCUGGCACUAACGUGGGCUCGCCAUCCCUCCGGCCCUCGCUCCACGGUUUCCCCUCUUCUGCCUUUCCUGAACACUCCUUGUUUUUCUUUCCUGCAGCCUUACCUCCACCCCAGCAGCCCGUUUCCACCACUUGAACUCUGUGAAAGUUUGGAUAACUUGAUAUAACUUGCAGUGAAAUCGCCUUUUGACCAUGCCGAAUUAAUUCCUAAUUGCUGGAAUCGCUUUCAAACCAGUCAGAGGGGGCUUGUAAGCGUUUUUCAGAUCUUCAUUUCACAGUGUGUGUGAGUCACAGAAAGCCUUUUCGUCCAGCACCUUCCCAAUCUGGGGGUUUAGGGUGUUUUGGUUUUUGGUCCCCCCCCCCCCUUCCCCCAGAAUCAACCCAUUCCCCUUCCAUCCUCUUCCUGCUUACUAUAAUUAGACCUCGGAUGGGAGCUUGAACCAUCUCAAAAGAUGACUUAA